AGUGCAAGUGUGAUCAGCAAAAAAUUUACGAAAUCGAUUCUGCUUUUCAUGUUUUAACAAAUUACGCUUCGUUACGCGCGAUUCCGUCUACCAGAAUGGACCCCGCGGAGUACAAGGUAUUGCACGAAAGUGCCAUGCAAAACAACAACGGAACUUCGGCCCUGGAUGUGUUCCUGCACAUCGUUCCGUCGUUCUUCACCACCUUUCACACGGUCCAGCUAAUCCAGGCCACGGCAGUCGUUCACAUUCCCGGUCGGUUUCUGCUGGAGUUCGGUUUGAUCGUGAUACCGUUCGUGCUGAUGGUGACGACAAUGGAUCGGCUGGCGGUGAACGUCAGUGUGACGCUUCUGCUGAUAACUGCGGUUUCGGUGGUUCAUCAAAUGCGACACAAGACCCACUUCAUGCCAUUCGUACAGAUUCCUGGAAAACAACCACAAUUUGUCACCGCUGUCCGGGCACUGAUUAACAUGAUGACCGCUGUUUGCAUUUUGGCCGUGGAUUUCAAGGCGUUUCCUAGAGAACUGGCCAAAACUGAAACGUUUGGCUUCGGGCUGAUGGAUGUCGGAGUUGGAUUGUACGUUUUCAGCAAUGGCAUCGUCUAUAAAGUCAACAAGGAACAAAAACUCGAUUUAACACGAUUGAAGAAUGUAUUGGUGGGUAGCUGCCCUUUGGUUGUUCUCGGGGCAACACGUUGGUUCGUCAUUCAGGAAAUCGACUAUCAACAGCAUGUGUCUGAAUAUGGAGUGCAUUGGAACUUUUUCCUAACGCUGGCGGUAAUAAAAAUAGUUGGAACUCUUAUCAUGGAUCUCGUGAAGGAACCUGAAACUGCCAAGUUUAUAGCCAUUAGCUUACUUUGUUGCCACGAGAUGUUCCUGCAUCUAGGAGUUUCGCAGUACGUUAUGAAUGAAAAAAUUGGCCGGGAAUCGAUUAUCGAUGCCAAUCGAGAAGGGAUAUCUUCCAUUCCGGGAUAUAUAGCUCUCUAUCUGGCUUCAGUUUACUUGGGAUCUGUUAUGAGACCUGGUCAAGAGAUACAACCAGCCAAAAAGUUUCUGCGAUGUGCAAUCAAACUCACCAUAAUAGCUGCCAUCUGCUGGAAGAUGAUUUACGUUUGCGAGGGCAUGUUUGGAGUAUCCCGUAGGCUGGCCAACAUGGGUUACGUUUUCUGGAUCCUAUCGAUCGGAUCCUCCAUGUGCGUUUUGUUCAUGUUUUUUGAAGUUUUCAUCUACUUCGUGCGAUUCGAGGAACCGAAAACACCGGAACAGAUCAUGAAAUCGGACAACUUCUGCAUUCCAUACCUGCCAUUGAUCUUUGAAGCCAUCAACGCAAAUGGGUUGGUGUUUUUCUUGGCAGCAAAUCUGCUAACCGGACUGGUCAACAUGAUGUUUCAGACGAUGCUGUUGGAGAUACCGGCUGCACUAACAAUCAUUAGCUACUACAUUUUCAUUCUGUGCGUGGUAUCCGUUUUCUUGAAUGUGAACAACAUUAAACUAAAAAUAUGGUAAUACAUUAAAGUAAGACAGCACAACUUUAACUGCCCCUUUAUAGGUAUUGGCUCUAGUCAUUCGUUUCCCGUUAGGCUUAGUAAGGCUUAUUGUUUUUCUAAUGUAAAAUCACUGUGAAAACAAAAAUAAUUGUACACUUCAAGAUCUCAUCAUCGUAUCAUGUAUUGUAAAUAAAUCUUAAUCAUUGGAAAUACAUCCAU